AGGACCCACCAUAGUAUCUCUCAUUUCGUUUAGCACCCAGCAGGCGCUCAGCUCUCGCCCUUCCCUUCCCCAAGAGCUGACAGACUCUUUCCAAACGAGACUCCCAACCAGCGUCCACCACAUGGCGUGUAUUCUGGGCAGAACUUCGGCCUACCUCUUCCUGAAAGUCUCCGCCCCCAGCCCACCCACGGCAGCCUUCUUUCUCUGAGAAGACCCAAAGAAGUGAAGAGAGAGACUAGGAAACGGCCCUGUGACUUCUCAUGCCCGAAACGCACUCCUCACCACGUCGUUCACCUAAAGCCAGCGCCGCUGCAACCCCUAACUUCUGGUCACAUGUCCCAACGGAGCAUCCUCUCUUCCUUCCUACUCGAUUUCCAACCCAGCCUCCUAAGGUUCCGUUACCAGAAUUCAGUUCCCAGAGCUUUUAAUUUCCUUUCCCGUCCUCCCACCUUCCCUGACGCCUCUGUCACCUCCCCCUCAACGACGCAAAAGAGCCCAAACCAAAAUCCCCUAGUUUAUAUCGAACACUAUCGCUGUGUGUACCAAUUCCUGGACUAGGUCGGCGUAAGAGAGGAAGUAGGGGAAAAAAAUAAAGAGGCGCUCCCCUCCACGUGAUCCCAGCCCUGCCUCUUUAGUGACGCACGCGGCCGGGCGGCUCCAAAGCUGCCGGCUAGGGUGAGCAGCGGAGCGCUUGGGCUUGGAGUAGCAAAGAACGCCCUCUCCCGAGAAAGUAUGGCCACUGCUUAGACAGCCAGGGAAACGUGUGCGGGGACGUGGAGGACCCAGGCUCUCGUGCGAGCGCGGAGUUGGACGUGCAGGGCCGCUGGGGUCACGCGGGACUCUCCCGCCUCCCCUCCGCGUGAGCUCCGGGAUGGUCCGCGCCGGGAGCGCGCGCGAGGCUUGAAGCGCCGGUGAAGCGCGCGGGUCGGAGUGACAGCUGCGCUGCCGGCCCGGCUCCGGUCAGCAACGCGCCAUGGACGCAGAGCUGGCAGAGGUGCGCGCCUUGCAAGCUGAGAUCGCGGCCCUGCGGCGAGCGUGGGAGGACCCACCGGCGCCCUGGGAAGAGAAGUCCCGAGUCCAAAAAUCUUUUCAAGCCAUACACCAAUUCAAUUUGGAAGGAUGGAAGUCUUCAAAAGAUCUGAAAAAUCAGCUUGGACAUUUAGAAUCCGAACUUUCAUUUCUAAGUACGCUUACUGGCAUCAAUAUAAGAAAUCACUCCAAGCAGACAGAAGACCUAACAAGCACUGAGAUGACAGAAAAGAGUAUUAGAAAAGUUCUACAGAGACACAGAUUAUCAGGAAACUGCCACAUGGUUACAUUUCAACUUGAAUUUCAGAUUCUGGAAAUUCAGAAUAAGGAGAGAUUAUCUUCUGCUGUUACUGACCUCAACAUAAUAAUGGAGCCCACAGAAUGCUCAGAAUUAAGUGAAUUUGUGUCUAGAGCAGAAGAGAGAAAAGAUCUGUUCAUGUUUUUCCGAAGCCUGCAUUUUUUUGUGGAGUGGUUUGAAUAUCGUAAGCGCACGUUUAAACAUUUCAAGGAAAAGUACCCAGAUGCCGUGUACCUCUCAGAGGGGCCCUCCUCCUGCUCCAUGGGGAUCCGCAGUGCCAGCCGGCCAGGGUUUGAAUUAGUCAUUGUUUGGAGGAUACAAAUAGAUGAAGACGGGAAGGUUUUUCCAAAGCUGGAUCUUCUCACCAAAGUCCCACAGCGAGCCCUGGAGCUGGACAAGAACAGAGCCAUAGAAACUGCUCCUCUCAGCUUCCGAACCCUGGUAGGACUGUUUGGAAUCGAAGCUGCUCUGGAAAGCCUGAUAAAAUCGCUUUGUGCAGAGGAGAACAACUAGUUCCAAAACAGUGAACGUGGAGGAUGAAGAUGCUGCGCAGAGGAACAUACAAUUUUAUUCAAUAUAAACAUUUGCUAUUUUCUGCUUUGAAACGACACUCUGAAGACAUGCUGUCUAUGCAGUUAUGGCACAUUAUAUGGAAACUCUCAUGACAUGAAAAAUAAAUACAACUAGUUAAGUAUAAAAUGCCAAAUAAAAGUGACAUGUACAAUGUGGUUUAUAAAAAUAAGCUUAACAUCUGAGAAAAUGUACCGAGUGGUUGUGUGUCCUCAGAUGUGUGGGGAGGACCCAUCCCCCCACCCACCGCAGCCUCACACCGAGUCCACCUUGGACAUGGUGGCCACAUUACUCAGCUGGGAAAAGCCACCCUUAUCCUGGUUCCUGCCUCCUGGGGGCUCUGGAGACGGAUGCCUAUGGCGCCUCAUCUUUAAAUUGUCCUUAGCCCAGGGGAGCCACACCCUCGCUCCCUGCCUCCCCCGGUCCGCACAGUGGCACUGUGAGGCAGUCUCAGCAAGUCCUCAUGCUGUUCUUGGUCUUCCACAAGAAAGUGGAGCUGUCAGCUUAAUAACAAGAAUGGCCUAAGACAGCAAAGACAGCACUGUUCCUGGGCUGGGACGCAAGGAAUGAGGUCCUUUAUGAAAGACCCCCUGCAUAGCCUAAGUGCUAUAUCGAUCGUCCCGGAUGUGCCGUAAGAACCAUGACCUCAUCAGUCGCCCAUUUAGCAUUGUUAAGAUCUGUGAACGCAUGUUGUCUCAAACCAAUCAAUCAGGGCCGUCAUGACUACGCAGCAGCAGCAGUUUCCAGGACGGGCCAGAAACGCAUCCACAGCAGUGGCACCCGCGGCUCAGGGGCUCCUCACAGCCCGGGCUGGUGGGAGCCAAGACCAAGACCAGACAGAGUGGGGGUCUCCAUCUGUUUUCUCUUCUCCCUCAAAUACAGGCUGUUUUCAUCGUGUCUAGUCCAGCCCUGUCUGGGCCCUGUGCUAGGCAAUAACUCUUGCAGCCCUGAAGGACCUAGGGAGCCCAGCCCACCUUCCCACGGACUGGGGUUCCCUCACAUGUGCACUUGAACCCAGGACCCAGCAUCCUCCACACACCGUGACAAUGGGCAAAAUCAUCCCAAACAAGGCUGCCCCAGCCCCAGCCCCAGCCCAGCAACAGUGAACUCCCUUGGGUCAAGACAGUACUCAACGGCCACUACCUCCAUGCUUCCCAGAGCCUGUGGCUCAUCCGUGAGCUCCGUGCACUUCACCAAAGCCCCCAUCCCAGCACACAGGACCCGUGUGUAUGAGACAGUGUCAUUCGAAGUGAGAAGAAAACAGUAAAAGUGUCCAGUUAUAUAAGUAUCUUUUUGCACCUCUGAGUGUAGAAUUAGAAGUAAAUAUGACAGAAUUGAACAAUAAAUUCUAGAAGAGUUGCCUUGAUUCAAACAAGUAUAAUUCUCAAGUUAUCACAAAAUUUCCCACAAAAAUUUACAAUCAGCAAAAUAGUUUCCUUAUUUCUCAUGUAUCAUUUUCAUAUAAUUCCAUGGUUUCACUAAUAUUAUAUGUUACAAUAAGCCUCCAUUAGUCCCUCAAAACGAUGAUAUAAAUAAGUCUGUACAACCUAGCAUAGAAUAAAAAACUGAAACCAAGAUUCCCAACAUUUUUCAUAGCAGCCGGGCACACUUUGGUGACCCCAACGAGAACCCUCUCGGCAGCAGCCAGGAGCUGUUCACCUUCCGGAAGCAGGGCCUGUGGCAGCCUGACAGGGAGAGGCCACGGGGCCCAAAAACGCAACACGUCUCAAGGCAAACCUGAGGGAGGAAGAGAGAACUCGCUCCUCAACCACCCAGGACACUGGAGUGUCAGGAAAGCACUGAGCUGUUGGGGCACACUGCCCAGCCCGGCCACAGCAGCUCAGCCAGUCACAGCUCCACCUCCAACUUCUUCUACAGCAGCAAUUUUUAGUGGGAAAGAACAGCUCAUCUCCCCCUCAUGUGAAAGAUUAAAUUGUAAAGCAAAAAAAAAGGUCAAUGCUCGCAUGAGUGGUGUCCAUCCUGACCUGAGUCUUGCGCUCCCUGCUGCCCUGUGUGGAACUGUGGGCUUCAGCACCUCCACAGGGACCCUGAGUCUACACUGCUCAGAAUCGGCAUCUGCACGACCACGAGGUCACGCUGUGCAGCAGGGAACCACCUAAAAACCUGUGUUGAUAUGUGGCUUGCACUGAAAAAGUGACCAUGUAACUCAGCUAGGGGAAGUUCCAGUAGUAUCCAUGUUUUCUUAAAAGUCCAAACUGUAAAAUGUAUGUGACAAUUCAAGUUUUCUAUGUUAGGAGUCUGGUGGUAGCAGAUCCAAACCUUGGGUCUUAGAAUAAGGCUUUUCGCAUUAGAGAAUCAGACAUGAGCCCUGGUUGGGAAGGAAGAACUAUCCAGAAGGUCUUCCCAGGGCUUAACGGACACUUCCAUUUUAAGAGUGUGAGCAGCUUCCUGGGACACAGCACUCACGUCCUACAUUCCUUGUCCAGGAAGAUGUUUCUAGUGCUCUUCAAUUCCAUGUCUCCAAGAGGCAAUCCCACCUCAAAAGGGGUUAAAAGCAAAAACAUUCACAACCAAAGGUCACCCAACACAACAGAAAAUAUCUCUAUCAUUCAGCCUUCACAUUCUAUGUUCAAGUUUCAAAGACACUGCAGGGAAAGAGUUAGACCUUGUGGAGAACUAAUGUGCAAUCUUCGCUUUCCUUGAACCGAGUCGACAUCACGGCAUUGUCUUUGGCAUGUACAGUCUUUGAAUAAUAGUUGACGAUCUUGCCGUCCAGUUUAUACUGAUGGGGAAUGCUCUCGUAAGGCUUGAGGUCAAGGUCCAGCACAGACACGGAGAAGGCAAACCUGGACCUCGAUGAAGGGACGACAGGCCUUUGAUCAGAGCUGCAAGUAAAAAAUACCAUUUCAGGAUACACAAGCCUCCCAUUCAUUUCCCUCCCUCCAGUUCUCUCUCCCUUUCUUCUUUCAACUAGUAUGUUUUUAUGUUUUUUCUUUGACUUCUGCAAAGUUAGAUAAAUCAAUCUCUUUUAAAAGAGAAGUGAAUGGCCUCACACCCCAGCUCACAAAGAGCACUCGUUCUGUGCAUCUGUGAUCUGUGCGUGUGACAGCUGUCUGUGCCGGCUGUGUGCACCAGCGUGCAAAGCUUCCUCGGGCCAGUGCACCCCACCAUACCAGGCGAGAGAGGGUUAAAGGACUGAAAGAUGGAAAAGUAAUUAUGUGGAACAUGUGAGCGAUGUUCCCCCAGCCCAGUGGUAUAAACGAACGCUGAAAAAUCACUUUAUCAUGAGCCAAGUAUUACAAAACCCAAGAAAAAGUAAAAAGUAGGUCUGGCCAUUCCAGCGCCAAAUGGAUGAAAUGUCGACAAGCCUUCUCCUUCUUUGCCUCUCCUGUCUGCUGAGAAAUGCAAGCUCCUUUGGUUCACAUUUGAAGAGAUCUGGUUUCUCAUUUUAUUCUCAAAUUUUAUCUUCAGUCCUUUGUAUUUUGCUUCUCAGGGCUUAGUUUUGUGGUUUUAACUUCAGAAGUCGUGUGCUUAUAACAAGAUGUGAUUAAUUAUUUGCCCUGAAAAACACAUUUAGGAUUACUCCGAGUCCUGAGCUCUGACUGCUAUGUGUCCCGCUUUUCGUCUCAGGGCACUCAGCACACAGCACUCAAGACACUGGCUAAACAAAUGACCUAAGCUCAGUUCAGCCCAAGAGAAGUAUCCUGGGUUCUGGUGUCCCAAUGUUUACUACUCUUCGAGAUUUAGAAAUCAACAAGCCAAACCCCAACUUCAAAAGCUCCUGCUGAGGAGAGGAAAUACUGAUGAGCACGUCCCUGCUCUGACACUGCUCACCACGGCCUUGGCGCUCACUGCUGCCCUGCCCCAGAGUCCUGUUUGUAGGAAAAACGAAUCCCUGACUAAGCUGCUGGGGUAAGUAACUAUUCUCACCUGAAGAGUAAACAGCAAAUAACUCAUUUACAAAUUAAGGUCAUGAGUCUCGCUCCAGAAGCUGGAAUGUGCCUGCAGCUCAUCCCAAGGGGCCACAUUUUAUUGGGAGAACCUCAGAAGCCCAAGGUACUGCUCAGUUCUGAGGCCUGAGACCCAAGCUUGGUGCACCUGGGCUGGAACAGUCACAUCCCCAGCCUGUGACUAGGGCUACAUAUUUUAAAGGACACCCCAAUUUCUCAGAAGCAGCACCUGACAAGACCAUGGGUGUAAAGACAGGAAGGAUGUUCCAGGCAGCUCCCGGGGAGGGUCUGACUACCUGGGUCAACCACAAGCUAGCUCCAUGGGAACCAAUGGCAGUGACCAGCGGGCACCAGCUCCUGACACAGAAAUGCUCUUCUUCCCCCUCAGCACCCCGGAGGCCAAGACUGGGCAAGAGGCCCCAGGGACACACCUGUCCCUUGUGCCACAAGUGUGCCCUCUAGCAGCCUUGGAGAAUGAGGCUCAGGUGGCCUUCUGGCUGCAGGGGGGCUGCCCUUGCCUGGAAGGCCGUUCUCCAGGACACUGACCCGCUGGGGGUUACCGGGGGACCAGCAGCCUCCAAGGGUGCUGGGGAUCGGGGUGGAAAAGCCAAGGCCGCGCACCGUGUUUCAAAUGGGAGGUCGAGAGGAGCAGCAGGGUUUAGGCCGGGAAGCCGUGGCAGCUCUCUCCACAGUUCCAAAUUCCCAAAGGGACAAAGCUCUGCAGCGACAGGAAGGCAGAUACAACUUGAGACAUUUUCCUUUAUGACAGGGCAGAAAAAGUGCAGAGCUGCAGAAGCCUUUAUUUUAGGGGGUGUAAGAAGUUUAAAUGUGGUCAAUCUAUCUGUGAGCUGCAAAUUAAAAGUCUAGGGAUCUAAAUUUAGUCUCAGGUCUACCAGGCAUCUCAAGACGCCAAGAUGACUCAUGAUAAAUCCCAGCCUUAGUUUGUCCCUAGGCCUCUAGAGCACCACAGUUACUGGAACCUCACAGGUGCGGCCACUGCGCGCACCUUCCUGGAAGCAGGCCUAGCCCCACACGCCAUGUUCUCAGAGGAGAAGCCUUCUCUGAGAUCCUCUCCUUUUGUUGAGAAAGGCCUGGCUAGAGUGCUUUGUGCAGGAUGGUGCCGGUGCCUGCACCCUAGGUCUGAGAAGCCAUGUGGCUCAGUGCCUUCAGGACACGCCCUCCCCUCCCCUCCCAGUGUCGUUUCUGCUGAGCAGCUGGUCGUAAGGACCUGGGCCUUCAGCUUUCCCCGUGUGCUGGGUUUCCAUUUUGACAUCACUGACCAGGCACUAAGAGAUUCCCAGGUGUUAGACGAGGUGAGUAACACGUCUGUCCUUCAGCGGCCUUUCACAGCCCACCUGAGCACCCUGCAUCCAAGCACAUUUCCAUUGCCCAGCUGCAUCCUUGGUCCGGGGGGCUGCUGAACAGUGGUAUCUUCGUGGGUUUUCUCUCAUCGAACACCACCAGCUUAAUCGAGCUAAGGAAUUACUCAUAACUUAGCCCUGUAGGUAUUUCCUUAGGGGAUAAUAGGAGUUUUCAACUAAAUAGAACAACCUUUUUUCUACUUCAGUUACGCCUUAUAAUGUUCCUCAGUAUUUCAUAUUGGAAAGUAAACAAUUCUGUGCCUGCCAGGGAACAGGAAUCCUGGGAACUGUUUAGUUCAAAAGCACCGGGAAAAUGAGUGGCUGGGAACUGUUUAGUUCAAAAGCACCGGGAAAAUGAGUGGCUGGGAACUGU